AACAAACGUGCUUUCUGUUUCUGUUUUGACUUCAGUGGAACUGGAUGUACAUCGCCAUUAGGUCGCCCUGAAAUUGUCUUUUAAAAACGCUUUUUUUUAUGCUAGUUCAUUAAAAUGGGGCGUAAGGUGAACUUUUCAGAGGUGCCGAAAAAAGGUCCAGGUCGAAAAUCCAAAAAGCAAAAGGAUCCUACUUUUAACAAAAAAAUUUUCAAAGAUGAAGAAAAUACCGAGGAUGCAAAAAAAUUGUCUCAUCGUCAAAAAAUUCGUGCUAAGAAACGCCAACAACAAAAAAUUAAGAAACAUGAGCUCAAUGCCAAAAACAAGGAGCGUAAAGUAAAAGCUUCAGUUUCGGCUAAAGUUCAAAAGUAUACAAGUGACGAUGAGUCGGAAGAGGAAAAUAACAUGCAAAACCAGUUGCCCAUCCAGAUGGAUGUGCUGAAAAGUAAGGCAAAAUAUGCUAAGAUUGCAAACAAAGGAGUUGUCAAAUCUUUGGCCAAAAAGCCUAUAGAUGAAGAAACUGAAUCUGAUAACGAAGAGUCCUCAAACGAUGAGGAGUCUAAUGCAAAAUCAAAAAUUAAAAAAAGUCGAGAUAUAUUGGCAAGUGAUGACGAUUCCGAUAUGUCCGAUAACGAAUCCAGCACAAAAAUUGGUAAACUGCAAGAUUUUAUUGACUCCGAUGAAGAGGAAAAGGGGAGUGAUGACGAUACUGUAGAGAGUGAUGAAGACUCUGAAGAAGAUGCUGACCAAGAGGCCGGUUUCAUGUUGCCAAUUGAGAAAGCUGGGAAAAAGUUGAAGAAGAAACUUGCGGAAGAAAAACGUUUGGCUGAUGCAGAAUUGCAAGAUCUAGCAGCAAAUAAAGAGAAGUUUCAGUUCCCAGAGCAAGACGAUCAAGGUGGACCUUCCAAUCUUCAGGAUAUACAUAUACGGAUAAAAGAUGUUGUAGGAGUAUUGGCUGAUUUUUCCGUCAAUCGUGAUGCCAAUAGGUCUAGGACAGAAUACAUGGAACUUUUGUGUAAGGACUUAUGUGUCUACUAUUCAUACAAUGAGUUCUUCAUGCAAAUGCUGAUGAAGCUCUUUUCUCCGAAUGAACUGUUGGAGUUUUUAGAAGCUUCUGAAGUGCAACGGCCGCUGACGAUUCGAACUAACAGUCUGAAAACACGUCGGCGUGAUUUGGCGCAAGCUCUCAUCAAUAGAGGGGUUAAUCUGGAUCCGAUUGGAAAAUGGUCGAAGGAAGGAUUAGUCGUGUACACAUCGCAGGUACCGUUGGGAGCUACCCCGGAGUAUCUUGCCGGACACUAUAUGAUCCAAGGAGCGUCUAGUAUGUUACCUGUUAUAGCCCUGGGCCCGGAAGAAAAUGAAAGAAUUCUUGACCUCUGUGCAGCUCCUGGUGGCAAAAGCUCGCAUAUCGCAGCUUUGAUGAAAAAUACGGGUGUUCUGUUUGCGAAUGACGUGAACAAAGAUCGACUUCAAGCAGUCGUGGGCAAUUUCCACAGAUUGGGAAUACAAAAUGCCAUUGUUACGAGCAUCGAUGGAACCAAGUAUCGGGACGUUAUGUCUGGGUUUGACCGUGUGUUGUUAGAUGCCCCUUGUACAGGAUCUGGUGUUAUUUCUAAAGACCCCAGCGUAAAAACAACAAAAACCGAAGUCGACAUACAGCGUUGCUAUAACCUCCAGCGAAAAUUAUUGUUAACAGCAAUCGACUGCUUGAGUGCAAACUCCGAAACUGGAGGAUUUUUGGUGUAUUCAACUUGUUCAAUUCUCCCGCAAGAAAACGAAUGGGUUGUGGAUUAUGCACUAAGAAAAAGAAAUGUUCGAUUGGUCUCAACCGGCUUGGAUUUUGGAAAUGAAGGAUUUGUAAACUUUGCUGGUCAGAAGUAUCAUCCUUCAAUGAAGUUGACUCGUCGAUUUUACCCACACACGUACAAUAUGGAUGGAUUUUUCGUGGCAAAAUUGCAAAAGUUCUCAGACACCAUUCCAAACUCCAAGAAGGAAGAUACGGAUGAAGAGGUAAUUGAGGAAGAUCAAGAACAAGAACUACCGAAAAAGAUUGAUAAGCGUGAUUGGUUUUACAAAGACAUAAUCGAGAAACGGAAAAAGCAGCGUGAAGAUGCAAACCAUGUUGUUAAAAUCUUCGAAAAGCCUUCCAAAAAUAAACGGAAAUCUGAAAAUUUGGUUACGAAUGGCAAAACAAUAUCGUCAGUAGAAGAACAUAAUACAGCUCUAUCAAGUGCUAUUAAGCCAUCAAAUAAAAAGUUGAAAUUAUCGGAUAAAAAAAUGAAAAAGCGUCAGUCGAUGCCAGAAUUUAUCAUGGAAUCGGAAGCAAAUCACGAAGCCAUUCAAAAGACACCAAAAUCAAAAAAACUUCACAAAAGGUUAUCGCUCCCUGGGUCACAUAUUCGUAUUAACAAGAAGUAGUUUUCUAAAAAUGUCCUAUUUGUGAAUUUGUUAUUAAAUAAAGAUUAUUUAAUACAAAUUA